CGCUUGACAAAGUGACACUCUAAUCUGGAGAAUAUAAGUAAAUAAAAAAAGUGUUUGGCAUUUUGUAUAGUUUAUCUGAGGAUAUCUUUAUGAUCUGCGCAUAAUGUUGCAAACUGUUUUAUUCAGCUGAUAUAAAAGUGUGUUAAAUAUUUAUAUAGUGUUACGCUAUACAUCGAUACGUGUUAGAUGAAAGCAUAAGGAGUAACAGACAGAUGGAUUAUUGAAGGCUACUCGCAGCGCCAAAUGUGACCCUGCUCGCAGCGCCAAUUGUGACCUUCCCCGAGUCUAUCCUGCCCGACAACGCCAAUUGUAACGAGUUGAACCACUCAUGCUACACAACAUCGACUACAGUAGAAAGACUCGAAGAUGCAGUUCCUGAAUGUCAGAAUUCACACACACACUAAACACAGUUAUGCACAAGGUUGACUAUGGGUGCCUAACUCGGCAAGUCUAGUUGAAUUCAUCCUGUUCGCAGCGCCAAUUGUGACCUAGGCUACUCGCAGCGCCAAAUGUGACCCUGCUCGCAGCGCCAAUUGUGACCUUCCCCGAGUCUAUCCUGCCCGACAACGCCAAUUGUAACGAGUUGAACCACUCAUGCUACACAACAUCGACUACAGUAGAAAGACUCGAAGAUGCAGAUAUCUAAGUCCCAACAAAGAGAGGAUGUCUUCAUUUAACGUUUACGUAAUAAUUCUACUGAGUAUUGUCAGCUUCUCUAUUGGAAACGUAGAUAACCAAAGUAAUGAAAUAAACUCGAGAACAAGCCGUGCUGGGCCCUCAGAAAGCGGUAAAGAAUUCCACAUACAGCCAGGGAAUGAAACAAAAAGACAGCCACUAUGGGCUGAAGAUGAUACAAAAGCAGCUGAGUUGUUAGAAAAAGUCCAACAUUAUAGGCCUAGACCACAAAAGAAUGAAAUAGAUAAUAUAAUGGAAGCUGAGGAACUGUAUGCAGUGACAACAGUCAACAUGAAGAAACAAACUGAAAAGCCUAAAGCCACAAGUUUAGCUCCAAGUAUUUCUAUGAACAUAAAUACACCAGUUACUGAAAUUGAUGAAAUUCCAAAAAAAGAUGCUAAAAGACUCUCAUGGGCAGAGCAAGAGGAGUAUAAAUCUGCUGAGGAAAUAUUUGAGGAUCCUAAUCCACAUAAUACUUCAAGUAACAAGGCUCAUACAACUUUAAAGCCAACCAAUAAUAGUUCUACUGCUCCAAUGUUUCAUAACUUUACACAGACUACAGCAUCCCUGCCCAACUCUUUAAUUGAAAGCAAUGCCUUACAAGUUACACCAAAAACCAAUUUUAUGGAAACAAUAGAAAAUCCAUUUGUGGUUCCAUUUUGGAACGACAGAAAAAAGUAUGUAAGAGAUCAGAAAAUACAGCAUAGGAUGAAGAGAAGUGUAGAAAGAGUUGAUUUAGAUGAUGCAUCCAAAUCCAGUAGUGAGACUGGUGGUAUUUCUGAGGAAUAUUUGCUGUUUGAAGAAGAUAGAUCGCACCUCAUGAAAAGAUCACUCAAAGAUUAUGUAUCAGGGGACUUAAUAGUGCGAGGUGAGAUAAAAACUACACCAGUUGUGAUGAGCAGUUCCUAUAAUACCUUAAAAAAAACAAUCAAUGAUGAUCUGGUUCUUAAACUGGAAACCUUUCUAAAUAAAAAUAAAGAUGGCACGUUUAGUAAAUUCACAUUUUUAAUUUUGAACAUUAGCUCAGACAGUAACUACAAUACUGUUCCAUUUGAAGUCCACUUGACGGACUCAGAUACCUUCUAUGGAGCACAAGAUGACUCACAAAUCCGCAGAGAUCUAGCUGAAGUCUUGUUGUCAAUUCAUCAAGUGGGUACAUACUACAUCAACAUCUCACUAAUAGAAGACAUGAGCAAUAAAAUGGUACCAAGCAUUUGUAUAUUAUGUGAAUCAUAUGAGACCUGCAUUAAUGUAACUAGCAAUAAUUGGGAAUGCAGCUUGGCAGAACAAAGAACUUACCCCUAUGGUAUUCUACACAUGGAUAAUCAUCUUUCUAGAAAUAAUGAAUUUGCCACUCAAAAACUCUACAUUGAGGAUUACAUUCCUUUUCAACAAACAUUACAUAAUGAAAUAUGGAUAUCAGUGAAUGGCAUAAUCAGCUUUGGUGAAGAGUUUGCAAGCUUCUCACCUCAACGUCUACCAGUAAUGGACAGCAGCAAUAAAACUUACAGGCACUUGCUGGCUCCAUACUGGACUGAUUUGGAUCUUGUUGAGGGAGAUGAAGGGAAUGUCUUUUAUCAUAUGUAUGAUUGUAAAAAAAGUGAUAUUUGUAUUAGAGCUAAUGAUGAUGUUCAUAAAUAUGCUAAUAUUUCAUUGUACAAUGCCACCACUGUUAUUGUUAUCACAUGGGUCAAAGUUCCUGCCCAUGGAAAUUCAAAUGAGCGGGUUUCAUUUCAGUGUGCAAUAAUUUCCAAUAGCUACACAACAUAUGCUAUAUAUUUUUAUAUGCAAGGUGCAAUGCAGCUCAAACCUGCAUCAGCAAGGAAUGUGGAAGCAGGAUGGGGAAGUAUUAAUUUGGACAGCUCCAAAUCAGCUUACUAUGUUUUUGAUACAGUCAUGGGCAACACAGGCAAGAUUACUAUUUUUUAA